GGUGAGGACUGCUGCCCUCUGAUGGUGAGGACUGCUGCCCUCGGCUGUUGAGGACUGCUGCCCUCUGCUGGUGAGGACUGCUGCCCUCUGAUGGUGGGGAUGUCUACCCUCUGAUGCAGACAUGUCUACAGGAGGAGUACACCGUGGCUUCCUCAGAAAAUAUGGUGGUUUCAAGCUGUUUAAGCAGUGGAAAGAGCGCUACCUGGUCCUGACAGUAGAAGGCAGUCUGAGGGUGUGUCGCGAUGCAGAGAGUCCUCCUGACCAGGUGGUGGCACUGCAGUGGAACUGUGAGGCCAUCGUAGAGGGCAGGGAGAUCCUGGACCUACCCCGGCUUCCCCCAGGGGGGAGGAGAGACUGCUGCUUCGCCCUCAUCCUGCCCCAGGAAAAGUUCCUGUUGCUACUGGCUGACAGCCCAGAGGACUGCAGUCUCUGGCUGAAGUUGAUCAGGAAAGUGAGAGAGGGUGUGAUGUCAACGCUCGUCCUGCAGAGACAGCAGAGUCUGACCCCGAGCCUCACUGCCCACAUCACAGACAGAGACCCCCAACCUGACACUCCCACCGACAGGGACACUGCCUCGCCACGGGCGACAGUGAGCACCUCGACCCCCACCGCCACCCCGACUGGCACCCCGACCGUCACCCCCAUCACCACGCCCUCAGCCUCCCGGGCCGGGUCCUUCAGAGACAACAGCCUGGGCAAGUUAGGACAUCAACAGAGAGACAACAGUCUGGGGGGUGGCCACAGACAGUCAGUGCGGUCCGUGCGUAGCGUGGCAUCAGUAGCUCCGCCCCACCGCACGUCAGACUGUCUUCGCCACGGUAACAGCAGCGACGCGCGGGCGGUGAGGGCGGUGUGUCUGCUGAUGGGAGGGGCAGCAGCCUCCUCCGCUCUGGGUUACCUCCAGUCCUGCUCUCCCUCGUCCCCUCUGACCUCCAGAGCCUCCGGCCUGCAGGAUCUGGGCCCGCUGGGCCACGGCGGAGGGGCGGGGAGCUUCUCAGAGAUGGGAGGGGGGUCGGGUGGGUCCUUCCAUUGUAGUCAGGACGUAGACAACCCCCCACAAUUCAACAGCUUCGACUUCGAGGGAGGAGACUCCGACUUUGAUGCCUUUGAUUGCGGAGGGUUCGCUUUUUAAAGGGCUGUUGAUAAUAUAUGAUGUUUGAAUUACUGUUGUUUACUGUAUAGGAUCUAGAACAGCCUUAGAAAUGUCCUGUCUAUAGUUGUUUUUAAAUGUUAACCAUUUGAUUUGGUUUGAUCACAUGUUCCUGCGUGUUAGUUAAUGACGCCUACAGUCUUAAUGAUCCUAACUUGAACCCCUCCUUAACCAGGGCUGUCCCACACUGACCACCUCUUUUUCCUUCUAGAAUAACUCUCUGUUAAGUGUUGUUUGGUCUGGUAACCCCCCUAACCCUGGGGAUCUUGUCGGUCUGGUAUCGCCCCUAACCCUGGGGGUGUUUGGUCUGGUAACGCCCCUAACCCUGAGUGAUAUCGGUCUGGUAACGCCCCUAACCCUGGGGGUGUUUGGUCUGGUAACGCCCCUAACCCUGGGUGAUAUCGGUCUGGUAUCGCCCCUAACCCUGGGGGUGUUUGGUCUGGUAACGCCCCUAACCCUGGGGGUGUUUGGUCUGGUAACGCCCCUAACCCUGGGGGUGUUUGGUCUGGUAACGCCCCUAACCCUGGGAGUGUUUGGUCUGGUAACCCCCCUAACCCUGGGAGUGUUCGGUCUGGUAACGCCCCUAACCCUGUGUGAUAUCGGUCUGGUAACGCCCCUAACCCUGUGUGAUAUCGGUCUGGUAACCCCCCUAACCCUGGGGGUGUUUGGUCUGGUAACGCCCCUAACCCUGGGUGAUAUCGGUCUGGUAACCCCCCUAACCCUGGGGGUGUUUGGUCUGGUAACGCCUCUAACCCUGGGGGUGUUUGGUCUGGUAACCCCCCUAACCCUGGGGGUCUUGUCGGUCUGGUAACGCCCCUAACCCUGGGUGUGUUUGGUCUGGUAACCCCCCUAACCCUGGGGGUGUUUGGUCUGGUAACGCCCCUAACCCUGGGGGUGUUUGGUCUGGUAACGCCCCUAACCCUGGGUGUGUUUGGUCUGGUAACGCCCCUAACCCUGGGGGUCUUGUCGGUCUGGUAACGCCCCUAACCCUGGGGGUGUUUGGUCUGGUAACGCCCCUAACCCUGGGGGUGUUUGGUCUGGUAACGCCCCUAACCCUGGGGGUGUUUGGUCUGGUAACCCCCCUAACCCUGGGGGUGUUUGGUCUGGUAACGCCCCUAACCCUGGGGGUGUUUGGUCUGGUAACCCCCCUAACCCUGGGGGGUAUCGGUCUGGUAACGCCCCUAACCCUGGGUGUGUUUGGUCUGGUAUCGCCCCUAACCCUGGGGGUGUUUGGUCUGGUAACGCCCCUAACCCUGGGUGAUAUCGGUCUGGUAACGCCCCUAACCCUGGGUGUGUUUGGUCUGGUAACGCCCCUAACCCUGGGUGUGUUUGGUCUGGUAACGCCCCUAACCCUGUGGGUGUUUGGUCUGGUAAUGCCCCUAACCCUGGGUGUGUUUGGUCUGGUAACGCCCCUAACCCUGGGUGUGUUUGGUCUGGUAACGCCCCUAACCCUGGGUGUGUUUGGUCUGGUAACGCCCCUAACCCUGGGAGUGUUUGGUCUGGUAACCCCCCUAACCCUGGGGGUGUUUGGUCUGGUAACGCCCCUAACCCUGGGGGUGUUUGGUCUGGUAACGCCCCUAACCCUGGGGGUGUUUGGUCUGGUAACGCCCCUAACCCUGGGGGUGUUUGGUCUGGUAACGCCCCUAACCCUGGGUCUUGUCGGUCUGGUAACCCCCCUAACCCUGGGGGUCUUGUCGGUCUGGUAACCACCUAACCCUGGGUGUGUUUGUUCUGGUAACCCCCCUAACCCUGGGUGUGUUUGGUCUGGUAACGCCCCUAACCCUGGGGGUGUUUGGUCUGGUAACGCCCCUAACCCUGGGUGUGUUUGGUCUGGUAACGCCCCUAACCCUGGGGGUGUUUGGUCUGGUAACGCCCCUAACCCUGGGAGUGUUUGGUCUGGUAACGCCCCUAACCCUGGGAGUGUUUGGUCUGGUAACCCCCCUAACCCUGGGGGUCUUGUCGGUCUAGUAACGCCCCUAACCCUGGGUGUGUUUGGUCUGGUAACGCCCCUAACCCUGGGGGUGUUUGGUCUGGUAACGCCCCUAACCCUGGGGGUGUUUGGUCUGGUAACGCCCCUAACCCUGGGGGUGUUUGGUCUGGUAACGCCCCUAACCCUGGGUCUUGUCGGUCUGGUAACCCCCCUAACCCUGGGGGUCUUGUCGGUCUGGUAACCCCCUAACCCUGGGUGUGUUUGUUCUGGUAACCCCCCUAACCCUGGGUGUGUUUGGUCUGGUAACGCCCCUAACCCUGGGGGUGUUUGGUCUGGUAACGCCCCUAACCCUGGGUGUGUUUGGUCUGGUAACGCCCCUAACCCUGGGGGUGUUUGGUCUGGUAACGCCCCUAACCCUGGGAGUGUUUGGUCUGGUAACGCCCCUAACCCUGGGAGUGUUUGGUCUGGUAACCCCCCUAACCCUGGGGGUCUUGUCGGUCUAGUA